UAAAGCGUAGAUGUAAUUUUCGAUGUGAUUUUCAUUUUUAUACCCUUUGGUAACGUACGAAUUAUCUACCAUCGUAAGAAAUCAUUCUACUCGUAAAUUGACGCGUGAAAUCAUGAACAUAAAAAUACAAACAUUUCACAUUUUGUUCGCCGUUUGGUUAGCUUGUGGGCAAAAUGGAAGCAGUGAGCAGACGAUGGCAAAAAGCUCCGAGGAGUUACUAGCUUACAUUGAUUUACAUAAUUUAUCUGUGGUGCGUGCUGUUCCCCCCUAUGAAGAUUUUAAGAAAAUUUUUAAAAGCAGACGCGAUUUCGAGAAAAAGUACUGCGAUGCGGUGAAUGAUAUGGCCAACUUGCAUAACGAAAUUGAUGACAUGAGCGAAGAGAACCAUUAUUUAAGAGAAGUCACGCCUCAUUCAGAUUUUCUCUGUGCAUUGGAUUUUAUGAAGCAUGAUUUGACGGAUAUCGCCAAAAACGUAGCUGGUGUUGAUUAUGUGGACCAUUACAUGCCUUUAAAAGAAUGGCCAUUUCGUAUUCAAGAAAUACGGAGGAUCUAUGAUGAAUUCGAAAAAGGCCGGAUGUAUCGAAGUAUGAGGGGUGAAGGUGAAGACCCUAGAAAAACGGAUAAUGUUGCUUACAGCAAGUGGUGUGAAUUUGUAACAACUGAUCGCUAUGAUCUAGGAUUCACAAACAAUGCAAUACGAGCAACAGAAUAUGAUAAAUGGAAUGAAGUUAAAGACACGUGGAGGUCUGUAGCUGGUCACCUGCACGGAAAUCUAUCGGAAUAUUUCAAUAAUCUAGAUCCGGAUCUCAGAAAACUGAGAUAUAAUAAUGACAAGCGGAAUUUUUCAUUAACUUUUUCGGCAAUAAUUCAACGAGGUUACCGAUUAUCGUGUUAUUUCGAGGACGAGAAACGCCACCAGCUUGAUGCGGAGUUGAAGUCAAAAUAUUCAAAUAGAACACGGCUCUUUUUUCAAACAGCCAUUCAACGCAUCGAACAGGAUUGGUAUUUCCCGAUGGAACAUAUCGAUAUGUUCAAUAUUUUGAUAAAUGCUACUCACAGUGACCCUGCUAGAAAAAUUGAUCACAUGUUUGCAGCUUUGAAAAUACCUGUCGAGUAUCAUGAUCACUUUAUAAUCCCGGGAAAAAGAGGAUGUGGGAAAGCGUCAUAUGUUACAAAACGCGAAAGAAAGUACUCAACAAAGUUAACUCCUCCUGUAGAAACGAUAACACCUUCGAGGCUAAAUCUCAAGAAACCUUAAUUUUGUAGAUACCUAAUGUAAUAGGUAAGGUAGAGUGGGGUAAUUGCAAAAGUGUGACCUCAUGCAAAAAAAAUAUCAAUUUUCUGGUUGUGCCAACUAGGGGGUUUCGAAGCAACAACCUUUACCGACAUAUUCACCUGGUCACAACUCGCGGGGUUCAACUUGUCGCUCCGUAGCAAACACUUUUUUCAAAGCAUGUUGAAACCACUCAUAAGUAAAGUGAGAGGUGGUUUUUUUUUUAAUGCAUGUGAAAUAUGAGAAAAUGUCGAUUUAUCUGGAAUUUUCACGAUUUAGGGCCAUGAAGGAUUGAAGUUUAAGGUAAGAUAUCGCAAUUUGAAAUUUUUUUUUAUUUUGGCCGCAAAUUGUGUUUUUGCAAUUACCCCAGAAAAAAUCGACUCGGGGGAUUUUUUUUCAUUUUUGCAUUUACCACAAAUAUUUUUUCGCCCUAAAUCACUAGAAAAUGGUUCGAAAUUACAAAAAAAUAAACUUCCAGGGUCACAUGAUUAGUUACACGUUGGAAAAGUGAUUAACAGUUUUACUGAAUUUUAAAAUUAUUGCUCCUUUUUAAUGUUUUACUAAUAUAUUUGAGGAAAAAUGUAUUUCUGUGACGAGUUUUUUACAUAAAAAACAUUAGAAAUGAUCAAUAGUUGAUUUUUUGUUCAUUUUAGCGAGUUUUAAAUGACACGUAUAAUACAGUGAGUGUGAUGAAAAUGCAAAAAAAUGAAAAAAUAAAAAAAAUAUCGCCCACUUUUGCAUUUAUUCCAACAUGGGGUAACUGAUAAAGUCGAUUUUCAAAUUUUCAAAUUGCAAUUUUUCUCCACGAUUUGUGGAACAAAUUGUACCAAAUUUCACCAUUGAUAUAGAGAACCCCCUGAAGUAUAAAUGGUACAAAUUUCAGCUUCAUCCUCACAGCGCCCUCUCAAAGUGUCACUAAUCAAAAAGUGCUUUGCAAUUACCCCCACUCCACCUUACCUAUAUUGCAAUUUCGAAAUAUUGGACAAUUUCCUAAAACUUUUGUGGAAGAAGUUGAACAGAAAAAUAGAUGAUAAAGGGAAAAAAUUAAAUUACUUAGUCUUAAUUUUCUGAGAUAAAUUUUUCAAAAUUGAGGGAAAACGGGUACCUCAAAUGAAAAUUUUAUACGAAACGAAAUUGUAAAGAUGUUACAUUUAUAAAGGAACAUUUUUUUAUUGGAUUUUUUCCCCCCGUUAGAGUCAUGGAGAAGACAAUACGCAAGUUUCCAACCAUGCACGGAGUUUAAUUAAAAAUAGAGUAGGUACCUACAAUUACAUCCAUUUUAAUUGAAACUGAGCCAUUUUUCUAAAAACCGAUUGUGUAGCAACAGGUGCGAAAAAACCACGAUUUUUAAAAAAAAUGUGGCCUCUUUGAGAGGAACGAUCCUCCUCUCCAGAGGCACUUCCGAAAAAUUUAAUGAACGUAUUUUGAUCAGAUUUUGAUGCCCUUUUAAACUGUGAAAUUACUUUUGGGCGAAUACAUAUCACAAUUUGGGAAACAUAAAGGAAAUAUUGCAUAAUUAUUGGCAGGCUAUGUACUUUUCAAAAUACAAAUUUUGGGGGUUCAAAUGCACCGGGGCAUACAGUGUAAAGUAUUGUUAGACAAAAAUGAUAUCUACUUAAAAUUUGAAAUCUGUAAAAAAAAAAAUACGUAAGUUCUCAAAAAUUUACUAUUCACCUCGAAAGUUGAGACCAAAAUUUCCAUUUUUUUUUUCAAACCUUCUUUCGAUGUCUCAAAAAGGGUUGAUAGCGUCAUUUCCCCCUCAAUGUACCUCGAUUUUUUAUUUCUUUGAGCUUUCGGCUUUCCAAAAAGUAUAAGAUCGUAAAUUUCGGGCGAAAAAGUUGAUUAAGUACCUAUUUAUGUUUUUUUUUCUCCAAUACCUCCUUAAAAUAUGUAUUCAAUUUCGAUGUUAGAAAAUUCAGGUGGUAUUUAAGGCAUGGGGAAAAAUCCGAAGUGGCACCAGAUGGAUUGAGCAUGAGGUAUCACCAGUAUUACCUAAUAUUACAUUCCUAUUUGUAUAAUAUUGUACUUAAAUGAAAAGUCAGAGUAAAUAAAUUGAAAUUUUAAUUAUGGUACAUGCGAUGAAAUCAAUAAAUCGAGUCGAAUUGAGUUAAGUAUCAAAUAAUUUUAUUAAACUUUUCAAAUACUUGAGUGAUUACAUUCUGAAGCGUAGACGUGAUUUCCGAUGUGAUUUUCAUUUUACCAUUUGCUAACCUACACGAAUACUAUCGAAAGAGGUUCUUCAAUUCUUCAAUUUGCUACGUUUUAGGUAAAUCGUAAUUUCGAAGCUACCAUUGGUUUUUCAUUCAAGGAGUUCGUUCAAAUGCGUGAAAUCAUGAACAUAAGAAUACAAACAGCUCAGAUUCUGAUCGCCGUUUGGUUAGCUUGUGGGCAAAAUGGAAGCAGUGAGCAGACGAUGGCAAACAGCUCUGAGGAGUUACUAGCUUACAUUGAUAAACAUACACUAUCUGUGAAGCCUGCUGUUCUUCCCUAUGAAGAUGUUAAGAAAAUUUUUAAAAGCAGACGCGAUUUCGAAAAAAAGUACUGCGAUGUGGUGAAUGAUAUGGCCAACUUGCAUAAUGAAAUUGAUGACAUGAGUGAGGAGAACCAUUAUUUGAGAGAAAGCAUGCCUCACACUGAUUUUCUCUGUGCAUCGGAUUUUAUGACUCAUGAUUUGACCGAAAUCUUCAAAAACAUAGCUGGCGUUGACUAUGUAGACCAUUACACGCCUUUAGAAGAAUGGCCAUUUUGUAUCCAAGAAAUACGGAGGAUCUAUGAUGAGUUCGAACCAGGCCGGAUACAUCGGUAUAUGAGGGGUAAAAGUGAAGACCCUAGAAAAACGGAUCAUGUAGCUUACAGCAAGUGGUGUCGAUUUGUGACAACUGAUCCCUAUGUCAUAGGAUUCACAAACAAUGCGUGGCAAGCAACAUGGUAUAAUGAGGAGUGGAAUAAAGUUGAAGACAAAUGGAGAUCUGUAGCUGGUCACCUGCAAGAGAAUCUAUCAGAAUAUUUCAAUAAAUUAGAUCCAGAAGUCAGAAAACUGAGGUAUAAUAAUGACAAGCGGAAUUUUUCCAGAACUUUUUCGGCAAUAAUUCAACGAGGUUACCGAUUAUCGUGUUAUUUUGACAACGAGAAGCGCCACCAGCUUGAUGCAGCGUUAAAAACAAAAUAUGAUAAUGGAACUAAGAUAUUUUUUCAAACAGCCAUCAAACGCGUUGAAAAGUAUUGGUAUUUUCCGAUGGAACAUAUCGAUAUGUUCAAUAUUUUGAUAAAUGCUACUCACAAUGACCCUGCUAGAAAAAUUGAUCACAUGUUUGUAGUUUUAAAAAUACCUUUCGAACAUGAUCAUUAUAUAAUCCCGGGAAAAAGAGGAUGUAGGAAAGCGUCAUAUGUUACAAAACGUGAAAGAAAGUACCCAACGAAGUUAACUCCUCCUGCGGAAACGAUAACACCUUCGAGACUGAAUCCUAAGAAACCUUAAUUUUGUAGUGACUUAAUGUAGGUAUACCUAUCUAUGAUUUAUUGUAAGUACCUGUACCUACGUAAAUACUUUUUUUUGUUUCCAA